AUGAAAAGAAAAAAUCAGAGCUCUGUUGUUGAAUUCAUUCUCCUGGGCUUUUCUAACUAUCCUGAACUCCAAGAGCAGCUCUUUGGGGUUUUCUUGGUUAUUUACCUGAUGACUCUAAUGGGAAAUGCUAUCAUUAUAGUUGUCAUUUCCCUAGAAAAGAGCCUCCAUGUCCCCUUGUACAUGUUUCUCCUGAAUUUGUCUGUGCUAGAAAUGUGUUUCAGUGCUGUCAUUAUGCCUAAAAUGCUGGUGGUCCUUUCCAGUGAAAAAACUACAAUUACUUUUGCAGGCUGCUUUGCACAGAUGUAUUUUAUUCUCCUCUUUGGUGGGACUGAGUGUUUCCUUCUGGGGGCAAUGGCUUAUGACCGAUAUGCUGCAAUCUGCCAUCCAUUGAACUACCCAAUAAUUAUGAACAAAAGCGUUUUUGUGCGGUUAGUAAUGUUCUCCUGGGUUUCUUGGAUAAUGGUGGCUACUGUUCAGACCACGUGGGUAUUUAGUUUUCCCUUUUGUGGCCCCAAUGAAAUCAACCACAUUUCUUGUGAAACUCCUGCAGUGCUAGAGCUUGCCUGUGCAGAUAUAUUUCUGUUUGAAAUCUAUGCAUUCACAGGCACACUUUUGGUUGUGAUGGUUCCUUUCUUGUUGAUCCUCUUGUCUUACAUUCGAAUUCUUUUUGCCAUACUGAAGAUGCCAUCAAACACUGGGAGGCAAAAAGCGUUUUCUACUUGUGCUUCCCAUCUGACAUCUGUAACCCUCUUCUAUGGCACAGCCACUAUGACUUAUUUACAGCCUAAAUCUGGCUAUUCCCCAGAAACCAAGAAAGUGAUGUCAUUGGCUUACUCACUCCUUACACCUCUUCUAAAUCCAUUGAUCUAUAGCUUGCGAAACAGUGAAAUGAAAAGAGCCUUGAUAAAAUUGUGGCAAAGAAAAGUUAAUUUGCAUGCAUUCUGA